AUGUUGGAGAAGCUGUCAAUCAAAAUAAAGACAUCACGUGUCCAAGGAAUACUGUGGGGAUUUGACCUCUUUAGGAAUCUUGUGAUAGAUGAAUGUGGGGAGAUGGCAAUUAGCGGGCAACAGAACAACAUUGGAAUGGUGGUAAUACGAGGAAACAGUCUCAUCGUGUUAGAAGCCUUGGACUAGUAUGCACAAUGACUGUGUUCACACAAGAAUCAACUGCUUCCAUAUGUCCCCCUCCACAUUUUACUACGAUAAAAAUUGGGUCGUGUACAUUUUCUUACUGAACUCUUUUUGUUAAAUAAACUUUUGUAAUAGUCAAAAAAAAAAAAAA